AUGGUCGGAAGGCAAUUCAAAUUCGUUAAGGAAACGCUCGGCGUUAGUUUCGUCGAAACGGCUGACCAUGGUCAUAUACCAAAGGCCGGGGGAAGGACCGGAGGGCUGCGAAGUGCUAGCCAUCACCGGGACAAUAAAGGAAGAGCCGAGGAAAGAAGAUUGAGAGGGUUGGAGAAGAAGACGGAAACUACAGUGAACCAGUGCAAAGAUCACCAAAAAAGAAGAAAUCAAAAGAACGCAGAGAUAGGAAGGGGCUUACUGGGAGCAAAGUGCGAGGGAGAGGGCCGAGUGUUUAUCGGAGCACCAAGGCAAGCGGAUGCUGGGAGGAUGGUCGCGAAAGAAGUCGCCAAAAACGCAAAGGCAAAGCUUCUAAUUGGCAAUGCCCUCUAUCGACAAUUGGUGGUGGUGCCAGAACUGGAGUGGUCGAUGAAACCCGAUCAGGUGGCCACAACCAAAGGUGGUGCUAGAUGGCUAGAUGUAUCGAGGGUUAGCGGUGGAUGGGUAGGGCACCGGCUGUGGGGGCUUACGGGUAGCAGGUGCAUCAAUAGACUUCUGCUCGGGGGCGACGUCCAAGGAGGAAAGGUUCUGACUGGCGAUGCCCUCUCUCGGCAAUUGGUGGUGGUGCUAGAACUGGAGUGGUCGAUGAAACCCGAUCAAGUGGCCACGACCAAAGGUGGCGCUAGAUGUAUCAGUAAGUUGCGACGGAGUGGAGAAGGGUACCGGUGUCAAACGAAGAUACGCGGCCGCAACAUCGCAGAUCUUGCUUCACACAGAGGGGCGGGGUUGGAUGGAUUUAUCGUUGACUUCCUACCAAGUUGGCCAUUUGUCGUAAGAUAUGUACUGGUUUGGUCGAUUGAUUUGCAGAGAAACAGAAAUGGCGUCUACGGUGGUGAACUUGGUGCUGGGGAAGCUUGGCGAACUUGCUUCCAGCGAGGUCGCCGGCCUCCUCAACGUGGGUGCAGAGAUCGCGUCGCUGACGGAAACACUGGCACUGAUUCAAUCCCGUCUCAGAGUGCCGACCAGAAACCCAGAUCCGAGCAAAGCCACUCUUUGCAGGAGUGGAUGAGACAGAUCCGGAACUUGGCGUUCGAGAUGGAGGACCUGGUGGACGAAUACGCGACGCGGCUAGGCCGCGCUUCAGCCUCCGGCGGCCGGAAGAGCUGUCUCCGACGCAUCGCCGCCUUCCCCUCCCGGAUCCUCACUCGCCAUCGGCUCGCGAGCCGUCUGCAGGACAUCCAUACCAGAUUUCAAGAUUUAUGCAAACAAACGUCGCAACUUGGCAUCCAAGCUCCGUCCUCCUGGCCCACCUCCUCUUCAUCCUCUUACUCCUCUUCCUCUGCGGCUGACGCAAGGCUUGCUCGAAGAUUUGAACUAGAAGAAGACAUUGUCGGUUUUGAUGAAGAUAUGAGAGACAUCAAAAGGCAACUGUUUGACAGUAGUUCAACAGAUCGCGUUGUCCUUUCGGUUGUUGGUCCUGGGGGUUUGGGCAAAACAACGCUGGCUAAUAAGAUCUACAAGAGCGCAGAUGUCAAAAACUAUUUCCAGUGCAAGGCAUGGGUGUCCGUGUCACAGAAGUAUGGGGUCAAAGAACUCUUGUGCAGCAUUGUGAAGCAAGUGUUCGACUUCAAGGAUGAGCAAGUAAAAGGUAUGGAAGAACUAGAGAUGAAGGAAAAGUUGUCCGAGCACUUGCGCGACAGAAGGUAUUUAGUCGUGAUGGAUGAUAUUUGGCAGGUGGCAGCUUGGAACGCCAUUAAAGGAGCUUUCCUAAAAGAAUCGGCAGGAUCCAGAGUGUUGCUGACCACGCGCAAGAUGAACGUUGCGAACAUUGCAGAUGUUCCUCCACACGAGUUGAAAUUUUGGAAUGUCGAAGAGAGCUGGAAUUUGUUCUGCAGGAAAGCUUUCCGCACAGCAUGCUGCCCGCCAGAGUUUGAGCGAUUCAAGGAAGAUAUCUUCAGAAAAUCUAAAGGGCUGCCUCUUGCCAUUGUGGUACUCGGAGGAAUUUUGAGAGGUACAAGUCAAGCUAGUGACUGGAGGAAAAAGCUGGAUUAUAUUUCUUAUGAAUUCAGAGAAGGAGAAGACCAAAUCCAAAGUAUAUUAGCUCUCAGUUACCAUGAUCUUCCGCAUCAUUUGAAGCCUUGCUUCCUCUAUUUUGCAGCCUUUCCUGAGGACUAUAGCAUUUGGGCAGACAGGAUAACACAUUUAUGGAUCGCUGAGGGUUUCAUACAAACGAAGGACAAAGUGGAUCAAACAAUGGAGGACCUCGCGGAGGCAUAUUUGAAGGAUUUGACUGACAGGUCCAUGUUACAAAUGGAAACAAUUGGUUUUUAUGCAAGGCUAGUUCGCAUUCAUGAUCUUCUUCUUGAUCUAGCACGUCAUGAAGCUCGUGAGCUUAACUUCUUCAGGUCCAUUGAUGACAUAGGUGACGAUCCAAGAUCUUUACGGCGUCUCUGUGUCACCGAAAAUGUCAACGACCAUGUCUCGUUGAACUGUUCUACCAAUAAACUACGGUCACUUGUAAUUUAUCCGAAUGAAGGUUUUCAGACAACACUGGCAGUUACCGUCGCCGGAGCAAAGUUCCUCAGGGUCUUGGAUUUGAUAGAACUACCGAUUGAACAGUUUCCAAAGGAGAUUGGGGACUUGAUCCUCUUAAGGUAUCUAAAUUUGAGCAGAUCAAAACUGAAGGAGCUGCCUUCAUCCAUUGGAAACCUCAUCCACUUACAGACUUUCAAUAUACAAUUUACUGAGAUUCAACGUUUACCGGAUGCAUUUUGGAAAAUCCGAACACUGAGACAUGUAUUCCUCAAUGAGAAGAAUACGAGCAUGCCUAAUUCGACAUACUGCUCGGAAGACAUUCAGACACUAGCGAAUAUUUCAAGUGGUCCAUGGGUAUGUGAUGGUGUACUGGAGAAGCUGAGAAAUCUUCGAAGAUUGUUUUUGAGAAACAUGUCCAGCUCUGAUGAGGAUGCUUUAGCCAAUGCAGUCCAGAACCUUUCCCGGCUCGAGAUGUUGGCAUUGAUUGGAGAAUCCUUGCCGGUGAGCCUCCUAACUUCAUCUUGCUACCAUCAUAUUCAGAUUAUGGAUUUGGCAGGACCAUUGGUAAGACCUGCAAGGAUUCACGUAGAGGCGGAAAAUUCCAGGAUAUUUUCCAACCUGAUCUCUCUUGCUAUUGUGAACACAAGGUUGGAAAAGGAUGAAGAUAUUGCAUUGCUCUCAUCUCUAGCAAACCUGGAGAAUCUUCUUGUGUGUCUUGAUGCAUUUGUAGGAAGAGUUUUGGUGUUUCCAAAGGGAGGUUUUCCUCGUCUCCAAGGGAUCGUACUGUAUAGAGUGAGCACCUUGGAGCAGUGGGAAGUGGGAGAGGGAGCAAUGCCUCUCCUUCAGCAUCUAAGACUUUGUGGCUGCAUAAAUAUGAGAAUGCUACCAGAGGGACUUGUAAGAUUGACUGAGCUCAAACAAAUUGAAAUAAAGGGAAUGAAAAUGAUAGAGAGAAGGGUCAACAAGGAUACUGGAGAAGAUUAUCACAAGAUCAAGCAUGUUCCUUGCAUUGUAAUAAAUUGAAGGAAGGGCGAUGACAAUAUCUGACGUCACCCAAAAAUUAAUCAGGAGGAACAAGUCUUGCUAGAAGCUGAAGGUCCUUUGAUGGCCGUCGUCGUAAUUGUUUCCCGAUUUAUUCUGCUGGCGGAUAUAAAAUUUACUUAAGACCAUAUUUGAUCACUCCAGACUCACGUUACGAGCCUAAUUAAUCAUUAAAGGUCCUUUGUAACAGACAGAAGUCUAAAGUGCACACAGAGUUGGACAACCACUCACUCUGUGUGCUAACAUUGGCGUACCUUUUUAUACUAUGUAUUGUGUUAAAUUGUCAAUUUCGAAACAAUUAAUACUAAUCUUGAAUAAGGUAAGUUUGUUUUAUGUUA